AACUAUUAGUACUUAGUAGGGUUUGUCUUCUGGUCCUUUACAGGAAAUCGACCCAUCGAGUGCACAGAGAAGAAGACAAAACUCCUCAAAUCAUCUACAGGUUUUUUUCUCCAGAUCAGAAGAAGAGAGAGCUUUGUGAGCGAAUAGCAGGGAGAGGGGAGAUGGACGUUCGUCAGCUUCAGCGCCAGUGGAUUGAUCUCAUCUCCUCCCUUUUCCGCGAGGAUUUCCUGGACGCGCAAUUCACGCAGCUACAGCAGCUGCAGGACGAGAGCAACCCGGAUUUUGUGGUUGAGGUUGUAACCCUGUUCUUCGAGGACUCGGAGAGGCUUCUGAAUGAUCUCUGCAAUGUUUUGAGCCAGCAGGCGGUGGACUUCAAGAAGGUCGACGCUCAUGUUCACCAGUUAAAAGGGAGCAGCGCAAGCAUAGGAGCACAGAGAGUGAAGAACGCGUGCAUAUACUUCAGAAACUGCUGUGAGGAAGGGAACCUGGAAGGCUGUUUCGGAUGCUUGCAGCAAGUGAAGCAGGAGUACUCUCUUGUAAAGAGCAAGCUGGAAGCUCUAUUCGGGCUGGAGCAACAGAUUGUGGCUGCUGGUGGGUCACUGCCAAUGAUGUAAAUUUGGUACUUUUGAAGCCUGGAUUUGGUGGACGAAGGAGAAAAGAAGAAGAAGAAGAAGAAAAAAAAAAAGUCCCUUUUUUUCAUUUUGGUCUGCUAAGCUUGAGCUGUCAGCGCUUUGAUCUCUUAUGGCCCACCUGAAUUGGGAGGAAAAAUCUCUUUUCUCUAAUUUUUUUUCCUUUUC